CCCCCCCACCUCAAGAUCAGAGAAUAAGAGAACAGAGCUUGGGGGACAAGGCUUCUGCAGCCCAGUGCGCUCGUCUGGAGUAGACACUUCGCUCUUGCUGUACCAACACUCAGGUUACCAGAGACACCAUGGGCUUCUGGAAAUUCUUUUCCUGUCUGGCUCUCAGCAGCAUAUGGGUCCUGUGCUUGGCCAACAGUCUUCAGGCCACACCUUUCAGGUCAGCUUUGGAGAACAGCCUAGACCUGGCCACCCCCAGGGAAGGGAAAGAAUACCUCCUGCUGUCCAUACUGAUACAGGCCUAUGAGCAGACAAAGGCCAGAAAGCUGGAGCAGAGGGAGCAGAAGGCUGAGGGCUCCAGUGACUUUGCACAAAAGAGAUCCUGCAACACCGCCACCUGUGUGACGCAUCGGCUGGCAGGCUUGCUGAGCAGAUCGGGAGGUGUGGUGAAGGACAACUUUGUGCCCACCAAUGUGGGCUCCAAAGCCUUCGGCCGGCGCCGCAGGGACUUUCAGGCCUGAGUGACCAACAGGCCUAGGAAGAAGGUGAUUUUGUA